GUGUAUUGUUUAAACUGCUCAAAUCCGACUCAGCUCUCAUACCAAUAAAACUUCCACUAAAGCGAGUGAUGGCGGCCGUCGUGUCUGUUAGCACCGCUGCCAUUGAUGAAAACACAGACACAGGGCUCAGUUUUGCCUCUCGCCCGCUUCAAGAGAAUUACGACCCCACCCCCAACGAAAACUGGAUGCUGGGAGGCCACCGACGUCCCGAGUUUGAGGCCAGCGAAGAGGACUCAACGUCGGAACGCGAGUGUCAGCGGAGGGUCGAUGAGGACUUGACAUCAGUGAGCCCCGAAGAGAUAGAGAGCCGCUUAGAGAGAACUCGCCGGGAGUUUUACAACCGUAGAAAAAUUAUCAUUAAAAAUCUGCCCUCCGACGUUAGCAAUCAGGAGGUCCACGAGCUGCUGGGCAACUAUGACUUGAAGUACUGCUUCGUUGACAAAUACAAAGGCACAGCAUUUGUGACACUGCUAAAUGGGGAACAGGCGCAGUGUGCCAUCAAAGAGUUCCACCAGCAUGUGCUAAGGGACAGGGAGAUAUCUGUGCAGCUGCAACCAACAGACGCUCUGCUGUGCAUUGCCAACUUGCCCUGCGCGUUCACCCAGCAGCAGUUUGAGGAGUUGGUACGGCCUUUUGGUAACUUGGAGCGCUGCUUUCUGGUGUAUAGCACCUCCACUGGCCACUCCAAAGGCUAUGGCUUUGUGGAGUACAUGAAGAAGGACUCAGCUGCAAGGGCCAAGUCAGAGCUUUUAGGUAAACAGCUGGGCUCCCGCAUGUUGUAUGUCCACUGGACCGAGGUGGGCUCCCUCACUUACCCACUGCUGCACUCUAAAUGCCUGUGUGUGGAUCGCCUGCCCCCGAGCCUGCUGACAGCCCAGGACCUCCGCAACGCCCUGGCUGACACCCAUGCACCAGUAUUCUGCCAGCUGGCACAGGGACAAGAUGGAAGUUUCCGACGUUUUGCCGUGCUAGAUUUUGCUACCGCCGAGAUGGCCGAGGAGGCCCAGCGGCUGACUGAUGGCAGGCUGCUGGGUGGGACGCACAUCAGGGUGUCCUUCUGUGCCCCUGGUCCUCCUGGAAGAAGCAUGCUGGCUGCUCUGAUUGCUGCCCAAACGAUGGCUGUGAACAGGGGUAAAGGUCUUCUCCCUGACCCCACUGCCAUACAGAUACUCACAGGCCUCAAUAACCCUGCCACUCUUAAGAUGCUGCUCAACCCACUGUCGCAGGGAAACAAGCAAGGCCUCCUCGGCGCUGCUCCUACAAUGCCCUUGCUGGCCAACCCCGCCCUCUCUGCUGCCCUGCUCCAGCUGCUCCUUCAGAACCAGGCCAAGGCCCAGCAGCAAGCCUUUCUGGGAAAUCAUCUACUGUGGGCUCAGGUGCUGCAUAAUAAAGAGAACCCUCUCGUUCCUUGUGCAGGACUCAUCGGGGAGAAUCCUCUGGCUGCUCUGCCCGUCCAGCAGGGAGUACAUCUGCUCGGAGACCUGCCCCAAGGUGGUGUAGUCUCAGGCGUGGGUCUUCAGACGGAUUCUCUGAACCCCCUAAAGCCGAUGCCACUUGGCAGAGCCCUGAUGAGGGAGCAGGAGUCCCCAACAGCAGCUUGUACCUUCCCACAGACUUCCUCUCCCACCCUGCAGGGCAUCUCCUUGCCUCUGAUGGGUGGGAUGAUAGGGACAGAUGGCUUCACAUCACAAGGGGUUUCCAUUCUCGGUGAUCCUCCCAAAGAUGUGAACCAUCCCCAGAGUACCUUUCUCAGUGUCAACAAUGGCUUUCCCUCAGGAGGAAGCUGCAGACCUCAUCCCUAUAGGAAGAGGCCAACUCUUAGUAAUGUGUCCAACCAGCACACACACCAGAGCAUCCAGCCAAAUUACAACCUUCGCUACCAGGACUCCUGCACCCUAGAGUAUUCUCCUCUCCACCAGGAUCCUAUGGCCCACUUAUAUGAACAGCAGGAGAACAUUGAUGGAGCCCUGGCAGGAUUUGGCCAUCAGCUUUCUCAUCACCCAGAAUUCAGUGAGCGGUUUCCUCACUACAAUUUCCCUCCCAGCCCGCCUAUGUCUUAUUUCAGCUCCGGACCUGAGGCCUCUAGUAGCAGCAGCUUUCCCGCCACCCAGCUCAACAGGGCUGUGGGAAUGCCUCCUGUGAGCCACAGUGCCAACUACCCCCCAGGUCUGGUGAACACUGUGAAGACACCCAUUGGCAGCCACAAGCGAGUGUUCUCCCGGCUGAUCCCAUCUCCGGAGCCCAGCCCUGAGGGCAGCUAUGUGGGCCAGCACUCCCAGGGCCUUGGUGGCCACUAUGCAGACUCCUACCUGAAAAGAAAGCGCAUAUUCUAGUUCCUGUCAGAUGCCUUCUUGUAUACGAGUAGCCAUUCAACAGCCAGGACACAAUGGCAUCUCUUCUGGCCUCCUCCAAUGAACUUUAUAAGCUUUGUGGUCUUUGGAUUUGUCUCUGGUGUACUUCUGUGAGUGACCCCUGGAGGGUGCUGGGGAGGUGUGUGUGUGUGUGUGUGUGUGUGUGUGUGUGUGUGUGUGUGUGUGUGUGUGUGUGUGUGUGUGUGUGUGUGUGUGUGUGUGUGUGUGUGUGUGUGUGUGUGUGUGUGUGUGUGUGUGUGUGUGUGUGUGUGUGUGUGUGUGUGUGUGUGUGUGUGUGUGUGUUUUAAUUUUUCCCUUUUUAUUUUUUACUUUUAAUUUCUCGUUGAAAAACUUGUACAGUGAGAAAAAAGGUUCAUUAGCUAAUGAAGUCUUUUCUCCAAGUGUUUUUAAAUUCCAGUGUUGAGUGGUGUAUCGGCAGACCUACACAUAGUUUGGCCAGUUUUUUUAGUGGCAGUCUCAGGCUGCUCUUUGUUUGACACCUCAAGUGAUAUCUGCGAUUUCACGCAAAAUAACUUGCAUAGUGUAAAAACAAGCUAUACUUUGAAGGCUCUAAUGUUUUUUAGAGCCUUCAUGUUUCCUGUAAAAAGUUCCGUUGUUUGUGUCCUGUGAAGGUUUUUUUGUGUUGUGGUGUUUUUCGUCUCCCCUUUCCUUCCACAUGAUUUCAUAUUUACCUGUAUGACUCCUUGAUUCAGGCCUCUUCUCAUUCGUUAACAUGCAGCUUUCCAUCCACCAAUGACAGCUGUAUGUACCUGUCUUAAUGUUAUGACACUGAAGCUUUUCAACAAUUCUGCCCAACUUACUUGUUCCACGUCGGUUGUCUUUACAAGCCACACCCUCCAACAUGUUUAAUGUCUGUUCUCUACACUGGUUGUCUAGUGAUGCACUUGGAGGGCACAGCUCACAGUCCUCAAUCCUCAUCUGUUCUCACUGCUUUGAGGUGCCGUUUUCCAGCCUUGUCUCACACAACACACAUGUUGUUCAUUUGUUGAAUAUUUUCUAUGUUUAUUUGAGUUAAGUUUUCAGAGUUCCAUCUUGAAUGUCUUUUUGAGAGUCCAAACACCACACCUGGAUUGUUGAGUUGGUUGAAUGGAGUGGUGGACAUACAUUGUGUGCUGUCUCUUCAGCUGCCAGCAGGUGGUGAAUACAGGAACAUUUACCAUAUCUCCUCACCCUCAGAGGCUUGAGUUUGCUUCUUUAGGUGGGUAGUUGGCAGCUGGAGCAAUGGACGCAGUCUGUGUUCAAAGUUUAGAGUAAUGGUGGGAGUUUAGUCUGUGUGGGGGGGUAUCAAAGGAAGCUAGUGGCAGGUGACUGGUCAGUGACAGACUUGUCCUGUUUUUGUUUAUUCUUUUUUUUAUCAUCUGUUUGACGGUUUGAUUGUGAAAACUCAAUUACCUCUGACUUCUGCAAGGAAAUGCAGCUACACUUGAGCCUUAACAGUGUUUUCUGUGAUAUCAUCCUGCCCUGUGUUGGCUUCCCUCUACAUAAUGCAUUUCUGUGUUAUUUGCUGUGUAAUUAGUUAAGAUUGAUCAUUUUUUUCCAGUCCAAAUCUUUUGUUUUCUUUAUCGUACCUGCCUCUGGUCCGGUGUUUUGAAUGAAUUUGCUGCUCCUCAUGUUUUUUGUGUUUUUUGCCUGUUUGUUUAAAAGCUGAUGUGACAAAGAGUGCUGCCACAGCAGACUGCUCAUGUUGUGUAUGGACAAAGAGAUACAGCUGUACAUCACAGUCAUCCACUUAAAUUGAUUUGAUUCAACCUGCUAUCUUCUCCUCUGUACCACCAUGGUUGUCUCUGUAUGUGUGUGAUGUGAGCAAGUAAAUGUUAUUUAAACUCA